AGACAAAUAAUAACAAUCAGAAUCCUAAGCAGCUUUUUUUCAUGUCUCAAUCAUGGUUUCCAUUACAGAGAGUCAAAGGGUAUACAUCAUCCAUCCAAUCCUAGGCUGUCUUACUCUGACAUCUCUGUCUCUGUCUCUCUCUGUAUGUAUUUUUUUGUUUGUAAUCAAAAUCAUGCACUAAUUUUAAAGCACCCAUCUCCUUGAAUCAUGGUCUUCGUGGAUACUCCUAGUGCAUGAGUGACCUUCACGAUCUUGCCACCUCUCUUUUUUCUUUGCCAUUGUUGCUUAGUUAAACACAAUUUUAGGAUCACCACAUGACUGUUUCCUUUUCCUUUGUUUGAACUUUUCAAGAAUUAAACUCGUGCCCCUCUUCUCCUCUAUCUCUCUUUCUUGGUUUUGCUAGUGUGUCUUUUUGUUGCUUGAAGGGUUGUGUUUUGUGGUUUUUUUUUUUUUUGGAUUUUGUCUCGUGUUUAGCUUUCUAAGAUUCUUUGACCUCUUUCUUUCGUUGGUUUCCGGUUUUUGGCUUCUUUUUUGUGUUCCUUUGCUUUUUGGGGCUUUCUGUUUUGUUUUUUGUUCCCUGAGGGAGACACAGACGGAGAGAUAGAUACACAAGUGCCUGUUCAAUCUAGUUCUUUUUGUUACUGUUGAUGGGCUGUUGAUGUCUUUGGAGGUUGGUGUGGAUUCAAAUACUAAAAGCAUGGGUUUUGAUGAGAAAAACAAAGAUGAAGUUUCAGAGACAAAAGCGACAACGAAAACACCUCCAAAUGAAGAACAUAAUGUUGAUGAACCUAAAAGUGGCGGGAUUAGUAGAAAGAUGAGUGAGAGUUCUCUUUAUGCAACUGAUCAAGAAGAAGAGGAUGAUGAUGAAUCUCAUGAAAGGAAGAUUGAGCUUGGUCCUCAAUACACACUUAAAGAACAACUUGAGAAAGAUAAGGAUGAUGAAAGCUUGAGGAGGUGGAAGGAACAGCUUCUUGGGGCUGUGGAUAUUGAGGCUGUUGGAGAGACUCUAGAACCUGAAGUUAAAAUCCUGAGCCUCGAAAUCAAAUCCCCUGGUAGACCUGAUAUUGUUCUUUCAGUUCCUGAGAAUGGCAAGCCUAAAGGUUCUUGGUUCACCUUAAAAGAAGGUAGCCGCUAUAGCCUGCAAUUCACUUUUGAGGUUAAGAACAACAUUGUUUCCGGCCUCAAAUAUAGUAACACAGUUUGGAAAACUGGUGUCAAGGUUGAUAGCUCGAAGGAGAUGAUCGGAACCUUUAGUCCUCAGGCAGAACCUUACACUCAUGAAAUGCCCGAAGAAACUACUCCAUCUGGUAUUUUUGCUAGAGGAUCAUAUGCUGCUAAAACCAAAUUUGUCGAUGACGAUAACAAGCGCUACUUGGAGAUCAACUACACCUUCGACAUCCGUAAAGAUUGGCUGCCAACUCAAAACUAAGAGUUUCUUUUUACCUUCAAGUUGUAGCUUCCAUACGAUUGUUUUACAAGUUGGAAUAUGCUUUUGAUGCUUAACAGAUCUUCUUUUUAUUGUCUUAUUUAUGACUCCAAUUUGAGACUGGUCAUUUGAACAAUGAAGAGAGGGUUUACAAAUUUUCAGCUA